AUGUCAAACUUGUUGAGGGUGUUGGAGAGGCAACGGAAACAAAGGGAAGAAACAAGGCGUAGACGUGCUGAAGAAGAUCGGGAAGCUGAUGAAGAAGAGGAACUACUGCUUGCAGCAGCGGUGUGUAUGAUGGAUCAAUCAAGGCAAAACCGUCGUCCUCGUGCCCCGAAUGUGGACAGACGUAGGGAGUCUCGGGCUGCUUUGCGGAUGCUUGCUUAUGGGGCAUCUGCAGAGCAGGUGGAUGAGAUUGCAAGGAUGGGAAAAUCUACUGUCCUAGAGUGCUUGGUGAGAUUUUGUGAUGCAGUGGAAAAUUUGUACACGAGGGAGUACCUUCGCAAACCAACGCCAAGAGACCUGCAACGGCUUCUACAAAAAGGCGAGGCCCGAGGUUUCCCAGGAAUGAUUGGAAGCAUCGAUUGUAUGCACUGGCAGUGGAAGAACUGCCCUACUGCGUGGCAAGGGGAGUACGGGAAUCGGAAGGGCCAAAAAAUGUUCGAUGAGGUAUUGCGAGGUCAUUCCCCCCAGGUGACGUACCAAAUCAACAAUACCGUUUACUCUGGAAAGACGUGGGAGAGGUGUUUCGGUAUCUUGCAAGCUCGUUGGGCAAUUAUUAGAGGUGCUGCUCGGAUGCUAGAUGAGGAGGUGCUGCGGAGUAUUAUGAUGACUUGCAUCAUCCUUCACAACAUGAUUGUGGAGGAUGAGUAUGACUAUGAUGCUCAAGAGGUGUUUGAACCCGAUCCAAUGAACACAUCGUUGACAAGAAUAUAUGAAAGGCCGAUUGGACCAAAUGGACUACCACUGGAGCCCGAACCCAUACUUCGGGAUGGUCAAUUCAACAACCCCAUGAUUGAUCGGUAUCAAGAAAUGCAAUCUUCAUAUGUUCACGAGAUACGUCAACGUGACUUGAUCGAGCACUUGUGGGAGAUCAAAGGCAAUCACAAUGGAUGA